AUGGCGAAAUCGCGGGCGCCCUCCAAGAAAAAAGCGGAAGACGUUGAGCCAGAAGAGCCUGAGGAGCCAUCGGAAAACGGUUUUGUUACCGAAUUCGGUGAUCAAGAAGAGGAAUCUGGGCGGAGUGCUGCGGUGGUUUUAUCAGAAAACGGGGGAUCCUCUGGAGAAGGUGAGGAAGAUCGGGAAGACGAUGGAGAAAUUCGUUGGUCGGCAGAGGAGAGUGAUUCAUCUGACAACGAGGUUGUUCAAUAUGUCAGAGCCAUUCGCAAGGGACUGAUCAAGUUUGACAAACCAAAGGAAGAGCCCCGGUUUUAUUUAUUGUGGGGAGAUGAUUCUAGUGCAGCAGAAAACGAGAGGCAUGGUUUGAGUUAUAUUGCUGCACCGAAACCAAAAUUGGCAGGUCAUGAAGAGUCGUAUAAUCCUUCUGUAGAAUACAUCCCUACUCAAGAGUAUGAGUCUCUUAGGAGCGUACCUGCUUAUGAGAAUGCUCUUAAGGAUUUGAUCGAUAUCAACAUUGAUCCUGAGUCUCUAAAGCCCAAGCUACCUUCUAAGAAAGACUUGAAGCCUUAUCCCUUGACAUGUUAUCUUGAGUAUAGAGGCCACUCUGGUCCUGUCAAUUCAAUUUCAAUGGCAGUAUCAGGGCAGUGGAUAGCAUCUGGUUCAACUGAUGGAACAGUACGUGUUUGGGAGGCUGAAACUGGUCGUUGCCUUGGAGUCUGGGAUGUUGGUGAAGCUCUGCAGCAUGUUGCAUGGAAUCUUUUGCCUGAGCUUCCUAUCUUGGCAGUGUCUGCGGGGCAUGAGGUGCAUCUGUUGAACACAGGACUGGGAGAUGCAGAAGGAAAGAUGAGGAUUAAAGGACUCUUCCAUGUUGAGGAAUCGAUAUUAACAGAUGAUGCUGGAAAUAGCACCUCUGUUGUGAGUUGGGUUCGACAUGAAAAGCAUGAUGGCAUCAUGUUGACGCAUCUUAAGACUGUGUCAACAGUUGAAUGGCAUCGUAAAGGUGACUAUUUCACUACAGUUAUGCCAAACAUCUGCAUCCAUUGUGGAAUGCUUGGAAGUGCUUUCACACUGGCUUUUGGCAUCUUAGAACCAGUGGCUAUUUUUGCUAACUGGCCAUAUCAAGAUCCAUGGCAUGACCUAGACCUGAGCUGGCUCAGGGAGGUCUGGCUCUUGGUUGUGCUUUGGCCUGGGCUGAAAUUUAUUCAGGCUUUAACUUAUUCCUUGACCAAUUAUGCACGUGAUUCAAGAGCAGUAUUGAUACACCAACUAUCCAAGAAGCAUACAGCAAAUGACUUCAAGAAGUUGGGUGCACCUCCAGUUUCAGCACUUGAACCUGGUCUUCGUGAGGUUUCCUCCAUUGCUAUUCAUCCUGGAGGUGAUAACGUAAUUGUGGGGAGCAAAGAAGGAAAAAUGUGUUGGUUUGAUAUGGGCCUGUCAUCUCAACCAUACAAAAGAUUGCCGUUGUAUUACUACUUGCUGCAAAUGUCAGUAGCAUAA